AUGGAUGAACGGGGUUUGAUGCGUCAAAACAGCCGGAUUGCAGCGGCGAAGGAUAUUCAUCACAGCGUGCGCUUUCCAGUAAUCCUGCCAAGAAAGCAUCGGUGCACGGAACUUCUGGUCUCACGCUAUCAUCGGCUCUACCGUCAUGCAAACUCCGAAAUGGUAGUGAACGAAGUCCGCCAGCUGUUCAUCAUACCGAAAAGCAGAUCGGUGGUAAAGCAGAUCGGACGAAGCUGCCAAUUCUGCAAAAUUCGUAAGGCACCUCCGAUGGCACCACUGCCACCAGCAAGGUUGGCCAUGCACGACCGUCCAUUCAGUUACGUAGGAGUGGACUACUUCGGCCCAUUGUUAGUCAAGCAGGGCCGCUCGAAUCUUCGUGGCCAGAUCGACGAAGGAGUAUCAGCAACGUUCACCAGUGCCAACACGAAGUGGACCUUCAUUCCGCCAAGCGCUCCGCACAUGGGCGGUGCAUGGGAGCGACUCGUCCGUUCAGUGAAGGCGGCGAUAGGGGAUGCGUACCACGAAGGAAAACUCAACGAUGAAGAGCUGUAG